CAAUUAUAUCAUACAUUUUCUUUUCAUAUAUAGCCACCUCUACAGUGCUCCUUUUCAACGAACAUUUACAACACUAAAGAGUUAUCAUUAUUAUCGUUUCCUUAUUUUCCCUUUCUUAAUGCAGAAACCUUUAUUCACAACUUCACCACCUUCAUCAUCAUGUUCGACACCAAAAAUAUCACACUACCAUUCUUACUUAGAACCCUAACACUAACAGUACUUUUGACUUCAGAACAUGCCUCAGCUUCUGUUUUCGAUUCAGUCAACUGCACAACCAACUCCACCUUCGCUCCAAACAGCACCUUCGACGUCAACCUCAGCACACUCUUCUCAUAUCUUACUUCCAACGUCACCAACGGCAACAAUCUCAGGUUCUUCAACGCAACUGCAGGCUCUCACGGUUCAGACGCCGCCGUCUACGGCCUCUUCAUGUGCCGCGGUGACGUGCCACUUGCACUGUGCCGAGAGUGCGUCGGUUUCGCAGCGCAGAACAUAGCCUCGUCGUGUCCUUCUGCUAAAGAGGCUGUCAUCUGGUACAACGAGUGCUUGUUACGCUACUCCAACAGAUUCUUCUUCUCCACCAUGGACGAAUGGCCAAGGUACCAGAUCAAGAUCCCGUUGGGGGACCCUGUGGUUUUGCACAGCAAAGGUUUCUACAGUGCUUUAGGGUCCAUAUUCAAUGGGAUUGGAAAUGAAGCAGCGUUGGCUCUUAGCGGUUCUGAUAACAAGUAUGCAGUGAAGCAAGCCGCCGCCACUGCCACCACCACAGUGUACGGUCUUGCUCAGUGCACGCCGGACCUCUCAGCCGCUGACUGCAAGCGGUGUAUCGUGGACGCGGCGGCUGAAUUUCCAAGGACUUGCUGCGGCGGGAGCAUAGGGGGAAGUGUUUUGUUUCCAAGUUGCAUUGUUAGGUAUGAAACGUACCCGUUUUAUCAGCAUUCAGGUACCUCCGGGACAUUAACAACAACUAAUAAGGGAGGAGGAAAUAGCAGAACACAAGUGAUUGCUAUGGUUGCAGUUGUGGUUGUGAUUUUGGUGAUGGUUUUAUGCUUUGGCUACUUUUACCUUCGAAGAAAACUGAGGAAGAGACGCAAGACUGGUCUCAGAAUCAGAAAAAACUGUAAUUCCAUUAGGCCUGAUAUGAGUGCCUCAGAGUCUUUGGAAUUUGAUUUGGAUACAAUUCAAUUCGCAACAAACAAUUUUUCUCAAGGGAGCAGGAUAGGCAAAGGAGGGUAUGGAGAAGUCUACAAGGGAAUUCUUCCUAGCGGAGAAGAAAUAGCAGUGAAGAGGCUCUCAAGAAAUUCUGGACAGGGGGUGGAGGAGUUCAAGAAUGAAGUAUUGUUGAUAGCUAAACUUCAGCACAGGAAUUUGGUGAGGUUAAUGGGAUUCUGCCUCGAAGAUCAAGAGAGUAUACUUAUCUAUGAAUAUGUACCUAACAAGAGCCUUGAUCACUUCCUAUUUGAUCCCUCCAAGCGAAGAGAAUUAACUUGGUCGCAACGUUAUAAAAUCAUAAAAGGAAUUGUUCGAGGAAUUCUUUAUCUUCACGAAGAUUCUCGUCUCAUGAUAAUACAUCGAGACCUCAAACCAAGCAAUGUUCUACUAGAUAAUCACAUGAAUCCCAAAAUUUCUGACUUUGGAAUGGCGAGGAUAGUAGAUACAGAUCACAUCCAAGGAUGUACUAACAGAGUUGUGGGCACAUAUGGUUAUAUGUCUCCGGAAUAUGCAAUGCAUGGACAAUUUUCAGUAAAAUCAGAUGUUUUUAGUUUUGGAGUCAUGGUGCUUGAGAUUAUAAGUGGAAAGAAGAAUUCUUCUUCUUUUGAUUCAUGUCGUAUUGACGACCUCUUGAGUUAUGCAUGGAAACUGUGGAAUAGUGAUGAAUCAGUAUUUCAAUUGCUGGAUCCAGUUCUGCAAGAAUCUUAUAAUCCAAAUGAAGUUGAAAGAUGUAUUCAGAUUGGAUUAUUGUGUGUACAAGAAAAUCCAGAUGAGAGGCCUACAAUGGGGACCAUAGCUUCAUAUCUUACAAAUGAUUCAGUUGAAAUGCCAUAUCCUCAGGAACCAGCAUUUUUCAUGAAAGGAAGGACAAGAAGGCAUGCAUCUGGACAUGAAUCACAUUCAUCAGGUCACACCACCAAAUAUUCUUUCUCAUCCUCUGUAAAUGAGAUGCCUACAACUGCUUUCUUCCCUCGAUAGUCCUCUUUUUUUUAGAAUCUAUAUUAAAGAGAUAUUGGAAAGAAUUGGUAGGAGGGACAUAAAUGGUGAGAUGUGGUUGCGGCAGAGUGGGUUAAUCUAACAUAACAUGAAGAAGAAGAGUUGAACUAGUAAAAAAAAAAAGAAAAUUGGAAGUGUAAAUUAAUUCCAAUUUGCAUGAUUGCAUCAAACUAAACCGCCACAACCGGUGUCAAAGACCAGAAAAAGAAAGAGCCAUGUUGGUAAACCCUGUUCCAGAAGUGGGUGAGGAGGCAUGUGGGAAAGCUGAUCCGGAAAGAAGGGCCAAGUGACAAUGAUGGUGGAAGACUGGUGGUGGAUGGAAAAAGCAUACAUUUUAUAUUUUGAUGCAAGAUAUAGUUUGUAAUUUAUUUUGAAACCUUGUAAAUGCUUAAAAAGAAAAAUAAUAGAAUUUCUGAUUUCUUUCCUC